GGCGGGGCACUGGGCUCCAUCUAGCAAUCGGACCAGGCACAUUAUGCAGGCAGACGGUGCAGCUAGCGACGAAAAGUGGAGUCGCAAAGAGACCUGGGGAAUUAGGAUGCUCGGUAGGUCAUUCGACACGGCUUCCUCAGUCAGCGGUAGCAAUGUACAGCAAGCAGGGCAGACUGGCACUUAGUCGAGACAUAUAAAGCGCGUGUGGAUCGCUGUGUGGGGUUGGUAUCCCCUUGUUGCAGCAUCGCAGUCUCAAGCAGUUGAUCAUUCACGAUGGCGCUUCCUCCUAAGUGGUACCAGUUCUUGGUCGGCCUCUUUGCCUCCCUUGGAUCUCUCCUCUACGGUUACGAUUUGGGAGUGAUCGCGCAGGUAAUUGCCUCGCAGUCGUUCAACUCCACGUUCAAACCGGAGACAAAUGAGACUGGUGCGGUAGUGUCGGUAUUCACGGGUGGUGCCUUCUUUGGUGCUGCAAUCGCCGGUUAUUCCGGUGAUAAGCUUGGUCGCCGAUGGACCAUCUUUAUUGGUGCUGUCAUCUUCUGUCUCGGAGGUGCGCUCCAGACUGGUGCUCAGGCUCUGUCGUACCUGUACUCUGGCCGCGCUAUCGCUGGUCUCGGUGUUGGUGUGCUUUGCAUGAUCAUUCCCCUCUACCAGGCCGAACUGGCUCACCCUAGCAUUCGUGGUCGUGUCACGGCUCUACAGCAGUUCAUGUUGGGUAUCGGUGCCUUGAUCGCUUCAUGGGUCUCCUUUGGCACCUACAUUGGAUUCAGCCCUACCGACAACGGCCAAUGGCGCACGCCGCUUGGUCUUCAGAUCAUCCCCGCUGUCCUGCUCGCCGCACUAAUUAUGAUAUUUCCCGAAUCGCCUCGCUGGCUUAUCGACCAUGGUAGGGUUGAAGAGGGCCUCAAGACUCUUGCCAGGCUUCACGCUCACGGCGACGAGACCGAUGCCUGGGUUCAAGCCGAGUUCCAGCAAAUCCAGGAUCAAAUUACCUUUGAGCACGAGCACGAGGCAAAGUCCUACACUGAGCUGUUUACCGACAGGUCUUGUUUCCGCCGUCUUUUCCUCGCAUGCGCCAUCCAGGGCUCCGUUCAGAUGACAGGUGUUUCCGCCAUCCAGUACUAUUCUGUCGAGAUCUACAGCCAGAUGGGCAUUGCUGGUGACGACACUUUGAAGUACCAGGCCAUCUCUUCUAUUAUUGCUUUGAUCGCCCAGGCUCUGUGUAUCCUCUUCAUCGACCGGUUCGGUCGCCGCUGGACGCUGAUAUUCGGCAAUCUAGGAAACAUGGUCACUUUCAUCAUCUCUACCAUUCUGCUCGCUGUGUUCCCUCCUGGUUCCAGCAACAACAGUGCUGCCGCUUGGGGUUUCAUCGUCAUCACUUGGAUCUACAAUUUUAGUUUCAGCGCCACCUGCGGACCGCUGUCCUGGAUCAUUCCUGCUGAGAUCUUCGACACCAAGACCCGCUCUAAGGGCGUCGCUAUCGCUACGAUGACCUCGUUUGGUCUGAACACCAUGAUCGGACAGGUGACCGGUAUCGCCAUGAAGAACAUCGGUUGGAGGUUCUACAUUGUGUUCGUUGUUUGCAACUUGACCAACGCCAUCUUCUUCUACUGCUUCCUGCCCGAAACCGCCAAGCGCCCUCUUGAAGAGAUGAACUACCUCUUCACUAACGCUCCUUACUUCGUCCCUGGUAUGAACAAGAGCGACUGGCAGAGCACCGAUAUCGAGCGCCGUGUCGCAGAGGUCGAAGCCAAGCAGGGAUCAAUCUCGCACCACGAGGCCACUCCCUACGAGCAGAAGUACUGAGCGGGAGAAUAGUCGUGAACUCGGCUCGUAGAAUAGCUUUCGAAAGAUUUCCCGCAACUGUAAAGAGCAGCAGCAUUAAAUUGGAAGUAGUGAGAGAAAUAGAAUGAUUCUGUUCGAGAAUCGACAUACCUGUGCAAAGGGUGACGUGGGGCGAAUGGCAC